CAAGUAAAUAUUUUUAAUAGAAUUCAUAAUAAUAAUGACGGUAUUAUUAAAAUUCGAAAAUAUUUAUGAGUUUUUGACACUAAUGAAAUACGUGUAAAAUAGUAAAAUAAAACGUGUCAGAGCGUCGUCAUGUAAAACUGAAAGCUGCAGGUCUACUCGUUGCAUCAUUAUAUUUGUCGUGUCUACUUGAAAUCGAUAGUUAAUUUAUUCUAGUAAACAAAUCGUUAAGAAUAUAAAACACAACGCCCACGGUCGUGACGAUAUGACGUGGCGAUGGACGGAUGACGAUGACAAUGGUAGCAGCUGCGGACUAGUGUUAACUGUAAUAUACCUCUGGACAUAUAGUUACUGUAUCUGUUAUAUGAUUUUCCGUAUACUUUUUUUGUUUUAUUAUUUUUUUAUGACAUUUCCAUGGAGACAUAAACCGAAAUCGGAAAUCGUAAGCGUGCCGGCAAACGGAUGACGACCAAACAAAUUAAAAUACCGCACAAUUUUAUUUUUAUUUUUAUUAUUUUAAAUUGAACGUUUUUCGAAUUUUAGUUUUUCGUUUUAAUGUACUUCGAUGGCAUCUCAAAUGGGAGUUUCGGGGCUCCAUACUAUCGGUCAGCCGAUUAUCAGACUAGGUAUCCUGCAUAUCUGAGGCUCUUUGCUACGCCGCCCCCCGUCACGAUCAACUCUCAGACCGCGAUAUAUCCGAGAUGGUUUGGCGUUCGAAAAAUGGCUAACACAGGUUAUCGAACAGAGUUAACAAAACACGUAGGUUUGGCCGACUCCGUUGAUCUUAAGCCUACAGUUACGACUGCAGUGACUUUGAGAAAAAAGAAAUCCACCAGAAAAAAGCGGCGACGGUCUCGGAAGACCGUGGAAGUGGAUGUGGAUGCCUUAGAUCACGAUCAUCAAUAUCCUUUUCCGCUUGCCGAUGAAGAUUAUUCACAUCGAGUUAUUACACCUACGGGCCUUUCUCUUACUUCUCAUCGCCCUGUGGGUGAAAAUAAUAACACACACUCUAAUCACACGCUCAUGACUCAUAUAUCUAAUCCACGAUCCCCUUAUUCUUCCCUUCCCUCUCCUCCUCCUCCGCUUUCUCCACCACUCACUUCUUCAUCUUCUAUUCAUACUGAUUUGACUCCUCAACGCCGCCGUGCUGGUGAAGAGGAUUACUCGCUCCGAAAUCUUAAGUCAUUGAUAGUUGUUCCUCCAUUACCAUUACUAUCACCACCACCACCACCACCACCACCACCACCACCACCACCUAUACCUUCGACAUCAAUAUAUGAAGACAAUUUUCCUACUCAAUGUUCUAAGUCUACAAAAGUUGUUCCUCCAACAUUGCAAACUCCACCGACAGCUGACGUAGAAGAUAACGUGUCUGGAAAUGUUCAUCUGUUACCACCUUGUGAAUCCGGUGAUAGUCAACUGCAUCCGGUAGAACUGCUUAAGCAAAUGUCCAAACGUUUUAAACUUGAGUGUGACCGACGACGCCGAAAAACUGUGAUUCUGAAUGAAAAGGCUCAGGCUCGAAACAUCGCUGAACAGGCUAAACACGUUGUUAUUGCGGCAAAACAUGGUUGGUCGUAUGAUACAGACAAUUUUAAAGGGAUCACGUGGACGGACGACGAUGAGCCGUCCGCUGUCGUACGGUCUCCCGAGUAUGCAGAACUUGAACGGCUUGGGUUAGGCAAGUACGAUAGCGGUGGCUGUUGGAUCCCCAACUCGACCAGACUCAAAAACAAGUUUCUCAGUUUCCGGUAAAUGGACGCCUUAAUCGUCGUAAAUGUAUUGAACAAAUUCAAUAAAUUGGGUGUUAUUACUGAAAUAAUGGUUUUGUAUUCGAAAUAAAUUAAAAUCCAAAUAAUUUUAACCAAA